AUGUCCAUCUACAAGGAUAAUGUUGAUCAAUGUAUUCCAAAUCCCUUCUUUAUGUCUCUUGUUAUUGUCAAGGCCUCAGCAAUAACAAUUUAUCAGAACAGAACAACCGACACCACAGCCAAUGAUCAAACGGUAGACAGUAGCAACAAUUUGUCACAGUUUCAAGCGACAACAAGUGAAUUUAUAACCACGCCACCCAACUCAAAAUACUUGAGUGUGAAUUACGAUCCGCAAAUAAAUAAAGAGAAUUUAACGAUCACAAAUCAUAUAAUACGUACAAAUAUAAUUGUAGGUGCUGAAGGCGGUGUUGGAGUAAAAGCAGGCGGGAGAGGAGGUGUAGGAGAACAAGGUUUAACAGCAGGUGAUUUUAAAGAAAACUUUAGUAAACCAAACGAAAAUAUGCGUGCAAAAUUGCAACAACUAUUACAGCGUGAAAAUGAUAAUGACGAUGAAGAGAAACAGCAAUUGCAACUAGAUCUACAGCAGCAAAUGCAAGAACAACUACAACAACAAAUGCAACAGCAACAGCAGCUGCAGCAACAACAGCACCAGCAAUACCAACAGUCUCAGCAUGCAAUAUUAACAGGAGAAAAUGCCUAUUUACUAGAGCGUAUAGAUGGUAGUAUGCAUGAACAACCCAUAUAUGGAACGUGGAGCGCGAAAGCGAGACGACCUCAAGCACCUCUAUUGGCUCAGCAGCAGCAUCAACAUCAUCAUUAUGAACGUUUACCCAGGCGUUCUUCGACCAUGACACCAGUAAGACGUGAGUUGCAUGAUCAAAUACCAAGGCCACCACGUUUAACCUCACGCCAGCCCUCCGUGGCCCUGAGGCGACAAUUUAGUGAUACACCCUUCACAAGUGGUUCCUUUAGAGAUGAAUCACGCCCAAAGCCCUUUCAUUAUCCCUUCGAUGGCCCAUUGCCAGAGGAAUUUAAAAAACUACAACAAUCUGAGAGAGGUGUAAUACCGGGCUUAGAAUCAGACUCCCAGGUACAUAAUAUCCAGGAUAUAUUGCAGAAAUUAAAUUUGGGUUCGGGAAACAACAAAGUGCCGCCAUUAAUGAUGAUGCCGUCGGGUUUACAUAUUUCGGGUUCCUACAAGAAUCUCAAAUCCAGUGGAAUUGGUAAUUUCUUUCGCGGUAAACGCAAUAAAAAACAAAUCCAAAUGCAAUUUCCCAUGCCAAUACCCAUGCAAAUGAUACCAAAUCCUUAUCAGACCCCGGUAAUAAAUCUAAUGCAGCAACCCUAUCAACAGCGCAUAGCCAUGGAACAGUUCUAUCCCUUUAAGCCUCGAACUCCGGGCGACAUAAAUCUCUUGGCCAUGCAACAGCAGCAACAACAGAAAUUCAAAAAUCCCCACUCGAAAGGCAAAAAGCAAAAGAAGAAGCAAAAAGACAAGAAAAAUUCUUUGGCUAGUAGUAACCUAAUGAUGCAGCAAUAUCCAUUUGUUACAGCUGCCCCAGAGAUGAUAUUCCCCUCAAUGUAUUCUCCCUAUAUGUCCAUCAAUGUGACACAGGCUCCCCCAUUGCAGAUGAGUAAGCGCGUACCUUUCAAAGUGAAUUUGGAUAUAUUUCCAGUAAUGCCUCCCUCCAAAACCUUUAAAUCCCCGGCUGGUUAUGCCAUGGAUGAGGCACGUAUUGUAUCCACUAUGAGACCACCCACGGUAUUAAGAAACCCCUUCAUGGAGUACCUAACCACCCCUAUUACACCUUCGGCUGCAGCCGCCUUAAAUUUCUAUAAUCCUUACAAUCCAAAACCUGCAGUGUAUAAUCCCAUGAGAUUUCCUUCGGGAGCCCCAAAUCCAGUUGUAAGUAUGGCUCAAACAAACAAUAUGCAAAUGGUGUAUCCAGAACAACUGCAGAAAUAUCUGCAGCAGCAGCAACAACAAACUCAUUUUACCAACUACCUUAAUAAUCAGGGUCACCAAACUCCCUUCCUGCCCAUAGAUUGCGAUCAACCCAUACCAUCAGGUGCCUCCAGCUCACAGUCAACGUCUGGCAAUUCAAAAACCACCAAUCCCAUUAUGGUUCAUCUAAAUGUGUUUCCCAAACAAAAAGCCGCCACACCUCUUUCCACCAAUCCAUUCUACAGCAAUGUUCCGCACAUACAACGUAACACCAUACAAGAGGAAAACGAAUCAUCACUGAGUCCCAUUGAACCCCGACAUCAGGGAAGAUCCCUUAACGACUCGGUCCAUACUAAAAUAGAACGCAGUGACAGUGGUGAGAAUAUUCAACAAAUCCAGCCUUUACGUGAAGAAAAUGAUUUAGUCGACUUUGAUCAUCCCAUAGUAGCGGAGAAUUCGGAUGAUAACAACGAAUUGCCCCAAACUGCUGCGUUGGUGGGUGGUAAACCAAAUAUGACUUCGGAAUCCUCUUCGUCCUCAUUCUAUUAUGAAAGUCGUCCAAAUACUACAAUGACUUCGGGGGGCGAUAACAGCAAUACCAAUUAUAAUGGAAAUAUGAAUGGUAAUAUGGAACAAAUGGUAUCGGAGGCUAGAACGGCUUCGUUGUUUCGCUUUCCCGUAGAAGAUUUAAUACAAUUUCAGGUGCAUGAUGCUAUGUAG